AUGUCUCUUCAACGUAGCCAUCCCGCUGACAGUGACCCAACGGACGUGCUCUAUGCACAGUCGCCUACGCCCGCCCGCCCGCUUCUGAGCCCCAGUGGCAGCUUCUAUAAGCCACCGGGACCUCGCCGUGUCACGCCACCUUUGGCACGAGAGGUAACCACGUCCGAAUCAAGCGAAGCAGAGAAGCGAUUGCAGACCGAUAACUCGCUGCUACGAAGCGAGGUGCACCGCCUUGAAGAGGAGCUUCGUAAGGCUAACAGUCGUUCACAGCCUCAAUCAGCCCCUAGCAGCUCUCACGAUGCGGGGGCUCUGAACGACCAAGCCUCAUACUACGAGGGUCUUUUGGCGGAGAAAGAGGCGCGCAUCCGGAAGGUGAUGGGCCAGAACUUGGCCCUCUGGAAGGAAAAAGGGCAGCUUGCUGUCCAGAACGCGGCUCUGUCCAGCGCGUCUGCGGAGGACAAGGCCACCAUUGCACGCUUGGAAAAGCUUGUUGCCACGCAAAAAGACCGCAUCAAGAAACUCCGGCAAAGUGACAAGGAGAGAGAGGAGUUCUUCGACAAGAAUGUCCUUCUCUACCAAGACCAGAUCAAGAUGUGCAAGGAGGCCGUCAAGGAGGAGAAGUUGAGAUCGGAGGCGGAGUUAUUUGAUGCUGACGAAGCGCGGGACGUGGUAGAGGGGGAGUUGCUGGAGAUGCGAUCAAAGCGCACUGAUGCACAGGAAAAAGUCCGAGCUCUUGAGAUGGAGAUUGUGGCGCUGAAAGCGGCGCAGCACGGGGCAGUAUGGCUGCCCGAGCUGGUGCACGGCGAGAUGGAAGCGAAUCAGAGUCUGCUGAGCGAGCUUGGCGAGGAUAAUGUAUUCGACGAUCAGGAAGGGUUGGAAGACCGUCAGAACGACCAGCAUCUCGAGCAAUUCCUCGACAGUCUCGCUUCCUGA